AUGAUCCCGGGGAAGGAGCGCUUCCAGGCCCUGCUUGAGUUCUGGACCCGCGAGCUCCGCCGCUCCACCGUCAACAUCCGCCUCGGGACGGACUUCACCCGCGACGACCUCGCGCGGCACCACAACUUCUUCCACGCCGUCGUCCUCGCGAACGGGUCGAUCCCGCGCCCGAUCAGCUCCCACGUCUUCCCCGGCGCGAGCGAGUCGCGGAUUGUCGUCCCGUUCGCCAAAAUCCUCGACGGCAGCGUCCGCGCGGGGCGGCGGGUGGGGAUUAUCGGCAACGGCGCCAUCUCGCACGACGUCGCGUCCUUUUUGCUCCACGACCCGCGCGUCUCGCGCGACGUCGCGUUCUUCCUCGACGAGUGGGGCAUCGACCUCGAGGCGGGGACGAUGCUUCCGCCCGAGCGCACCAAAGAACGCGCCCCCCGCAAUAACCGCGAGGUGAUUUUGUUUGACAAGCCCAACCGAGACGCCGACCUCCCGCGCGGCCGGGGGUGGGCGCAGAAGCUGUGGAUCCGCAACCACGGCGGGACCAUCCUCAACAACGCCCUGAUCCAGAUGAUCGACCAACACGGGAUUUUUAUCUCCACCCUGCCCCCGGACAGCCGGAAGUUUUACGUCGAGUGCGAUACCAUCGUCUGGUGCAACGGCAUGCUGCCGAACUUCUCCGUCGGGACGUGGAUUUACGAAUGGAUGAAGGACGGCGCGAAAAAGCGGGGGGAAAUGAUCAAGGACUUCGGCAUCUACGCGGCAGGGUCCUGCCGCGACAGCCACACGGGCGAGGGUCGCGGCGAGCAGGAUCUUCUGCAUGCCGUCCACGAAGGCUUUGAAAUCGGUUCGAAGGUGUAG